AAGAGAAUUGACCAAUUAUACAUGCCUGUUGACUUGAGCGCGUAAUUUUUUGUUGAAAAUCAUAAAAUUGUCAUUGUAAUUUUUAUUGAGUUAACGAUAAUUGAAGUCACUAUUAUUAUUAAGCGAAUAGUUGGGAAUAUUAUAAAUUACAAAAAUGGCAGUCCGAGCACAGUUUGAAAACAACAACGAAAUUGGUGUAUUCAGUAAACUAACUAAUUCAUACUGCUUAGUUGGAAUUGGCGCCUCUGAAACAUUCUACAGUGUGUUUGAAUCUGAAUUAUCUGAUAUUAUACCUGUUAUUCAUGCAUCUGUGGCUGGCUGUCGUAUUGUGGGCAGAAUGACUGUUGGCAAUAAAAAUGGUUUACUAUUGCCUAACUCUACAACAGAUACUGAAUUACAACAUAUACGUAACUCUCUUCCUGAUAGUGUCAAAGUGCAGCGUGUUGAAGAACGUCUAUCAGCUCUUGGUAACGUAAUGGUGUGUAAUGAUUAUGUGGCAUUAGUUCAUCCAGAUUUAGACAAGGACACGGAGGAGAUACUAUCAGACACUUUGGAUGUUGAAGUAUAUAGACAAACGGUCGCAUCUAAUUGUCUUGUAGGAUCAUAUUGUGCUAUAUCCAAUCUUGGUGGUAUGGUUCAUCCAAAAACCACUAUAGAAGAUUUAGAAGAAUUGUCUGGUCUAAUUCAGGUUCCUUUGGUAGCCGGUACAGUAAACCGUGGUUCAGAUGUUAUUGGUGCUGGAAUGGUAGUGAACGACUGGUGUGCUGUUUGUGGUACUGAUACGACGUCUACAGAAAUAUCCGUAAUUGAUAGUAUAUUCAAAUUGGAUCCAGAUGGUGUGCAUAAAAUGAAAAAGCUUAAGGGUCCACUUAUUGAUAGUAUAAAAGCUGCAUAAACAAUAUUAUUAAGUUCCAAUUGUAAAACAAUUAUUUUUACUA